AUGAAAGGAAUGAAUGCUAUACUUGGUCCUUCUGGAUGUGGAAAAUCAUCGCUACUCGAUGUUCUCGCCGAUCGAAAAGAUCCGAAUGGUCUUUCUGGACUUGUGCAAGUUGACGGAGCGCCACGUCAUCCAUCUUUUAAAUAUACUGUUGGUUAUGUCGUUCAAGAAGAUAUUUGCAGUGGCACACUAACAGUUCGCGAAAAUUUGUGGUUUUCAAUUAAUCUUCGUAUGUCAAAAGAAGUGUUGACAACUGAAAAGAAUGAUCAUGUUGCUCGUGUUAUUAAAGAGCUUGGUCUUGAAGCUUGUGCAGAUACACGUGUAGGUACAGAAUUUCUUCGAGGUGUCUCUGGUGGUGAAAAGAAACGAACUUGUAUUGGUAUGGAAUUGGUUUUAUCGCCCAAGAUCUUGUUUCUUGAUGAACCGACCACAGGUAAGCCUAUAUAUGCAACACAUAAAGCGUGCACAGUAGUUUUCAAAGUCAAUGUCGAUCCGAGCUUGAUAAUAAUCAUCUAA